GUUUGGAUGAUUUUUUCUUCGUGUCGAGGGAGGAUGUUCUCUCUUGCUAUAAUCUCACUGGAAAUGAUCUUCCCGAUGAUCGAGGAAAAGCAAUUUCGAUAAUGAGUAAAGCACUUGAAUCUUAUCUUAGUAAAGCCAAGGAGGAUGGGAUUAUUGCUGGAGUUAUAGGACUUGGAGGCAGUGGAGGGACGUCUCUGAUAUCCUUUGCGUUAAAAUCUCUUCAAAUUGGAAUACCUAAGCUUAUCGUCUCGACAGUUGCGAGUGGUCAGACAGAAUCUUAUAUCGGGACAUCUGAUGUGAUACUUUUCCCGUCUAUAGUGGAUGUGUGUGGGAUUAAUAGUGUCAGUAGGGUUAUUUUAUCCAAUGCUGGUGCUGCAUUUGCUGGAAUGGUGGUUGGACGACUUGAGACGUUGAAAGAUUCUUGUGAUUUCAAUGGAAAACCAACAGUGGGUUUAACAAUGUUUGGGGUUACGACUCCCUGUGUCAAUGCUGUUAAAGAAAGAUUGCUUAAAGAAGGAUACGAAACCCUUGUUUUUCAUGCUACUGGGGUUGGGGGGAAGGCAAUGGAAUCUCUGGUCAAAGAGGGAUUUAUACAGGGAGUCUUGGACAUCACCACCACAGAGGUCGCAGACUACUUAAUUGGAGGUGUCAUGGCUUGUGACAGUACCCGCUUUGAUGCCAUUAUAGAGAAGAGGAUCCCAUUAGUUCUAAGUGUAGGAGCAGUGGGUAUGGUGAACUUUGGAUCCAAAGAUACAAUACCCUCAAAUUUUCACGGAAGGAAUAUAUAUGAACAUAAUAAACAGGUUUCUCUAAUGCGAACUACGGUGGAGGAGAACAAAAAAAUUGCUCAUUUUAUAGCUGAUAAGAUCAACAAUUCAUCAGCGAAGGUUCGUGUUUGCCUGCCACGGAAUGGUGUAUCUGCUCUGGAUGCACCAGGGAAGUCAUUUUAUGAUCCUAAGGCUACUGCUACUCUUAUAGAGGAACUACAGAAAGCUAUUCAGUUAAAUAAUGAUAGGCAGGUGAAGGUAUAUUCUUAUCAUAUUAAUGAUCCUGAGUUCGCUGAGGAAUUGGUUAACUCAUUCUUGGAAAUUACUCCAAAAGAUACGGACUCGUGUGGCCCAAAACUUGUUUUAGCUGAAACUAGUCAAGACCUUCGAAAGAUGGGGCGGUUUUGCAUGGCUGGAAGGGGUUCUUUAGCAGGUUUGCUGCCUUUUGCCGAUGCUAAUGCCAUAGUGCUUGAAAUGGCCAAUGAAGUAUUGCCUGUAAGUUCUAUCUUCUAUGUACCUGCUGAUUCACAAAGUUAA